AUGGGAUAUGACAAGAGUCUGUAUAAGCCGUUGUUCGAUGCUGUAUGGCGUGGGGAUUGGAAUGAAGCAAAGGAGUUUCAUACCCUACAUCCCGAUGCAAUAAGAGCAAGACAUUCGUACUCCAACAAGACAGCUCUUUGCAUGGCAACAGAUCUAGAGCACGAGCAUAUUGUGGAAGUGUUGGUGCAGUUGAUGUCAGAGGAAGACUUGGAAAUAACAGAUAAUAAUGGUUGGACAGCUCUUGCUCUUGCUGCAAGUAGAGGAAAUAUAAAAAUGGUUGAAUGCAUGGUUAGAAAGAGCAAGAAAAUACUUGAUCUUUGCUAA